AAAUGGGGGGAGGUUAGAAAAUGAGGUGGGUUUAGCAGGGAAAAUGGUGAGUUGUAUUUUGAACAACUUAUGGGGAGUGAUGACGGCGGCGGCGAAGGCGGCGGGUCUAGGGUCCGAAGUCGGCGUGAGGAUCGCCCUCUUCGCCGCUUUUGUAGUGACAGAGCUUCUCCCGCCCUUCCAGAGGCUUAUUCAACCCGAGGAGAUGUGGCUCUACCGCAACCCCUACGUGGAGAACGAUCACUUCCCCACCAAGCCAAUGUUUUUGAUCGUGUCGCUGUGCCCCCUCUCCCUGAUCCUUCUGGCCAAAUGUCUGAAGAAGGCCGACGCGGCGGACACGAAGCAGGCGUGCCUGGCCGCCAGCCUGGCCCUCGCCUUGAAUGGAGUCUUCACCAACACCGUAAAGCUGAUCGUGGGAAGGCCGCGCCCUGAUUUCUUCUAUCGUUGCUUCCCAGACGGGCAAGCCAAUUCUGAACUGGUCUGCACAGGGGAUGAGGAGGUGGUAACUGAGGGCCGGAAGAGCUUCCCCAGUGGGCAUUCCUCUUUUGCAUUUGCUGGGCUGGCCUUCACCUCCUUCUACUUAGCAGGGAAGUUACACUGCUUCACUCCACAAGGCCGUGGAAAAGCCUGGCGGCUCUGUGCCUUCCUGUCACCCCUCCUCUUUGCAGCUGUCAUUGCUCUUUCCCGAACCUGUGAUUACAAACACCAUUGGCAAGAUGUGCUGGUUGGAUCCAUGAUUGGUCUGAGUUUUGCGUACCUCUGCUACAGGCAGUAUUAUCCUUCCCUGACAGAUGCUGAAUGCCAUAAGCCAUUCCACUGCAAACGUAAACUUCCUGCUGCACAGGAGAAACUUAUUGUUCCCCAUUAUAGGCUUGAUGUUUAGAAACAACCUACCUCACAAAAGAGAACAAUAAGAGCAUCCCCUCCUGUCCUUGACUUAUUCUACUCAGAAGACAUGGAACAGUCCUUCUUUUUAUCUCUGAAAUGCUACAAGGGAAGACAUGGGUAAAAUUGAAUCCUUUUAUCUUCCUGCCUGGAUAUAUCUGUAACAGUUCCUUUCUAUUAAUAAAAUCUAUUGUUGGAGAAGACCUUUUGAAACACAGAAGAA